UCUCUUUUUUCUCUACAAAUCCGGCGUAAACGUAACACCGAAGGUCCACCCAAUCAACAAGAAUCAAUGGCGUUUGUACACAAACUUUCUCAAAUCGAAUAACUUUUUUUCUUUCAACCAUCAAUUACUCCAUUAACUUUACAUUCAAGAUCCCAACUAUUCAUCAACAGCUUCAUAAUCACGCUAUUCAUCGACCCAGAUCGCCAAAUUAGAUCCACCCAGCACAUAAACGUAAUCUCUUUCACCAUCAAUGCUGUUGUAUGCGUUUAAUUUCUGGGUAUGAAACAAUUGUGACAUUAAUUUGGUUUCUAGGGUUGGUGGUUGAUUCUUGAUUUGCAAAUGGACCAGUCUUCGGGUUCGGGUUCGGGUUCGGAUUUUGAUUACUUAUUCAAGCUGUUGUUGAUUGGGGAUUCAGGGGUUGGUAAAAGUUCUCUUCUUUUGAGUUUUACUUCUGAUAAUGCCAUUGAAGAUCUUUCUCCAACAAUUGGUGUGGAUUUUAAGGUGAAAUAUGUCACGAUUAAUGGGAAGAAGUUGAAGCUUGCUAUCUGGGAUACUGCUGGCCAGGAAAGAUUCAGAACUCUCACUAGUUCGUAUUAUCGGGGAGCUCAAGGAGUUAUAAUGGAUGUAUGGGCUAAAGAAAUCGACAUGCACUCAACAAAUCAAGAUUGCAUCAAGAUGCUUGUUGGCAAUAAAGUUGAUAAGGAAAGCGAGAGGGUUGUCACGAAGAAGGAGGGCAUCGAGUUUGCAAGGGAAUACGGAUGCCUUUUUAUCGAGUGCAGUGCAAAAACUCGGGUCAAUGUGGAGCAGUGUUUCGAAGAACUUGUUUUGAAGAUUUUGGAUACACCUAGUCUCACUGCUGAGGGAUCAACUGCCGUCAAAAGAAACAUAUUUAAACAGAAGCCAGUUUCGGAUGCAUCAACCAGUGCCUGCUGCUAAAGGUUAUAUAUAUAUAUAUAUAUAUAUAUAUAUAUAUAUAUAUAUAUAUAUAUAUAUUCUGCAAUACUUAUUGUUUGAUCAUUUUUAGUUUUUUUUAUUUUUUAUGCUUUUAGUUUCAAAAUUGUCUAGGCUUUGUUCAUAAAGAAGCUGUAAAUUUCAUCUUAAUGGAUUGCUUCUUUUGGUUU